AUGCCAUAUUAUAGUUUAGGUGAUUUGACACAUUAUAUAAGUAAUGACUUUUAUAAUAUUAGUUGGGGGACAAAGUUGUAUAAUUUAUGGAAUAUAGCAUUUGGACUUAGUAAUAUACACAAAGCAAAAAUUGUUCACAGAGAUUUACAUAGUGGAAAUAUCUUUUUUAAUAUAUAUAGCUUUAGUGUAACUAGUUAUCCACAAAUAGGUGAUCUGGGAAUAAGUAAAUCUGCAACUGAACGUACAGCUAAUAGCAAUGAAAAUUAUGGUAUUAUUCCUUAUAUGGCACCAGAGAUUUUUCAAGGGCAAAAAUAUACAGAAGCUUCGGAUAUAUAUAGUUAUGGGAUGAUUAUGUGGGAGUUUAUGACAGGUAGAAGACCUUUUUGGAAUGAAAUUCAUGAUAUUGAACUUAUAAUCAAAAUAUGUGAUGGUUUACGACCACCAACCGUUACAAAUGUUCCUGAAGGUUAUGUUGAAUUAAUGAAAGAAUGCUGGCAUUCUGAUCCAAAUGAAAGACCAACAGCUACUUAUUUAAAAGACAAAAUUUGGAAAUUGUAUAACAAAGAGGAGGAAAGUCCAACUGAAAUUAUAGAAUCAUCAGAUAUUGGGCCUGUAACAACGAAUAAUCUAGGUGCCAUUUAUAAGAGUAGACCUUUAAGCCACAUGAUUCAAUCUGCAAUGUCUUUAAGGAGUUCAAGAAGUCAAUCUAUCGAUCCAUUUUAUUAUUAUCGGAAAAAUAGCAAGGCAUCUGCUGAUAAAAGAAAGGUUGAUAAAGAUUCGGUUGAAGAUAGUAAUAUCAACGAUCAAAGUACUAAAAGGAGAAAAUUAUUUGAGAAUGAAAAUUAUGAUUUAAAUGCUUCUUUAGAUUAUUUUACGAAAGAAAUUGAAUUGGAUAUUAACGCAAAUAUGAAUCAACAACAACACAACGAAUAUGUUACCAAGGAAUUUGAUAUAGAUAUUAAUAAUAUUGAUGAGUCAAAUUUAUAGUAUUAAUUUUUAUAUUAACAUGUAGUUAUAGUGUAGUAACUUACAUUAUAAAAGUUUGGAUUAAUUUUUCUUUUCUCCAUUUUUUUUUUAAUUCGUAAACAAACCUAAUUUUUUUUCACAAUGACAUGAAUUUUACGUUAGAUACUCACGCCACUUUAAAGGUUUGGUUUAAAUAUAUUUUUUAUUGGCUCAAUGUUAGACAAAAUAAUUUGUCUUUAUUUAUUGUAUCAAGAUUUCAAGUAAAUUUUUAAUAAUUUUCGCGAAUUUAUUUUGAAUC